AAAAAUAGCAGUUUCAUUGCUAUGACAGUUGGAAAUUAUAUUGUUUUGUGUGAUCGCAAAAAGUUAUAAAUAAUAACCCCAAAAAGCGCCAAUAAAAAGUGCAAUUUAAUUAAAUAAUACAAUUCUAGCAAAUACACGUUGCUUUGCAAGCUCAGCGAAACGGCAACGAUCCACCAGACCAGAGGGAAUAAAGCCAGCCUUGAAUUUCGAAGAAAUAAAAAUGACCAAAUUUAGCGGUGAAGUCGGAGUUGUGGAGACCCCCUUUCCAACUGGAGCCUUGGUGCCCAAAGCCGAAACGGGCGUGGUGACUUUCCUGCAAAAAUAUCCUGAGUUUGAUGGGCGAGAUGUGACCAUUGCCAUACUUGAUUCCGGUGUUGAUCCAAGAGCAACCGGUCUGGAGACCCUGUGCGAUGGAAAAACUGUAAAGGUCAUUGAACGUUUCGAUUGUACGGGCUGCGGUGAUGUAAAUGCCACCAAAAAGGUCAAGCCGGAUGACAAAGGCUAUAUUACCGGUCUCUCCGGCAGGCAAUUGAAGCUAACUUCCGAAAUGAUUGCCAACAAUACUGCUGCCAAUGGUGAAUUCCGCUUAGGCUUAAAACGUUUCUACGAUCUAUGCCCAUCCAAGGUGCGUGAGAAUCUAACCAAUGCUCGCAAACUUAAGGAGUGGGAUGGUCCACACAAAACUGCCAUAGCUGAGAUCUCUAGAAAAAUUAAUGAAUUUGAUGCACAAAAUCCAGAUACUUCCAAGUUAUCCUGGGAUAAAAAACUUAUCAAAGAAGAUUUAGACAAUACUUUAGAUAUGCUCAAUGCCUAUGAAAAAUAUUAUCCAGAUAUAAAAACUGCUUUCGAUUGUAUUUUAUAUGAAACUCAAAAUGGUUGGCAAGCAGUAAUUGAUAUCAGUGAGAAGGGCGAUUUGGAAAAAGCUUUACAUAUCGGAGAAUAUAUAAAAACCCAUGAAAUCAAAAAUGUCGAUGAUUAUCUAUCGAUUUCGGUGAAUGUCCAUGAUGAAGGAGACGUUUUGGAAAUUGUCGGAAUGUGUUCUUCCCAUGGCACUCAUGUGGCUUCCAUUGCCAGUGGCAAUCAUGCUUCCAAUGAUCUCAAUGGUGUAGCGCCCAAUGCUAAAAUUGUCUCCCUCACCAUUGGCGAUGGACGUUUGGGCUCCAUGGAAACGGGCACUGGUCUUGUGCGCGCCGUGAUGAAAAUCAUGGAACUUUGUCGUACUGGCAGAAAAGUUGAUGUCAUCAAUAUGAGUUAUGGUGAACACUCCCAUUGGUCCAAUUGCGGCCGCAUUGGUGAACUUAUGAGUGAAGUUGUUAAUAAAUAUGGCGUUGUAUGGGUGGCCUCCGCGGGUAAUCAUGGCCCAGCCCUUUGCACUGUGGGCACCCCACCCGACAUAGCCCAACCAAGUUGCAUUGGAGUGGGUGCCUAUGUUUCGCCACAAAUGAUGGAAGCCGAAUAUGCGUUGCGUGAAAAGCUGCCGGCCAAUUGUUAUACCUGGACAUCCCGAGAUCCCUGUAUUGAUGGUGGUCAAGGCGUAACGGUAUGUGCUCCUGGUGGAGCUAUAACAUCCGUGCCACAAUUCACCAUGAGUAAAUCCGUUCUAAUGAAUGGCACAUCCAUGGCAGCACCUCAUGUGGCUGGUGCCAUAGCCUUGCUCAUCUCGGGUUUGAAACAACGUAAGGUUGCCUAUUCACCCUUUAGCAUAAAACGUGCCAUUUGUGCUACUGCCACCAAAUUGGGUUAUGUUGAUCCCUUUGCUCAAGGCAGUGGACUUUUGAAUGUGGAAAAGGCUUUCGAGCAUUUGAUGGAGCAUGAUAAGGCAGCCGAGAAUAUGUUAAGAUUCUCUGUACGUUGCGGCCCCAACAAUGCCAAAGGUAUUCACAUACGUGAGGGAGUCCUAAAGAAACCCUACGAGUUUAAUGUCAAUAUUGAACCGGUCUUUUUCAAUGAUACGGAAGCUGCGCCAAAGGAUAAAUUCAAUUUCAAUGUGCGUUUAAAUUUGAUUUCCUCUCAACCGUUUGUGCAAUGCGGACAAUUCUUGGAUCUUUGCUAUUCGACACGUUCAUUAGCAGUUAAAGUGGAUCCAUCGGGGCUUCCAGCGGGCGUGCACAGAGCUGUAAUACGCGCAUUCGACACAUCCUGCGUACAAAAGGGCUCAUUAUUUGAAAUACCCGUUACGGUUGUGCAGCCCCAUAGAAUUGAUUGGCAAGAGAGUCGUCUCUAUCAGCCCACCACACAGAAUGCUGAUGGCAGCAUUGAAUUCCAACCCAACACCAUACAAAGAGAGUUCAUUUUGGUGCCUCCAAGAGCCACAUGGGCAGUAUUACGAAUGCGCUCAACCGAUAAAAACCGUGACAAGGAUGUUGGGAAAUUUUUCGUUCAUACCGUACAAUUGCUACCCAAGUCCUCGUGUCGUGUUUUGGAAACUAUGAAGAUUUUGUCUGUCAAUUCCGAGAAUGAAACCACAUUGGCAUUCAAGUGUCAGGAGAACAACAUACUUGAAGUUUGCAUAGCCAAGUAUUGGUCUAACUUUGGUAGCAGUCAUCUCAAAUAUAGUUUGGAGUUCCAUGGCAUCCAGGCGAAUUCUUCAUAUGUUAUGCAUGGAGCUCGAGGUGUCCAUUCGAUGGAAAUCACCUCUUUGGUCAGCGAAGAGUUGCAGCCGGUGGUGCAGUUUAAGACCGCAGCGGUGGUUUUAAAACCCAGCGAAUCCAAGAUAUCUCCGUUGAGUGCUACACGUGAUGUCAUACCGGAGGGUCGUCAAAUCUAUCAGAAUCUUUUGACAUACUCCCUAAAUGUGGCCAAAGCCAUGGAGGUGGCCCUGUAUGCGCCCAUCUUUAACUCUGUGUUGUAUGAGGCCGAGUAUGAGUCGCAGCUGUGGAUGAUUUUCGAUGCCAACAAGCACAUGGUGGCCUGUGGAGAUGCUAAUUCACACAAAUUCUAUACAAAAUUGGAUAAGGGCGAGUACUGCAUCCGACUGCAGAUACGCCACGAGAAACGUGAUGUGUUGGAGAAAAUCAAUGAGGCCAAUAUGAUUGCCCUGUUCAAGCUGCCGAGUAGCCUAAAUCUGGAAGUUUAUGACCAAUACAAUCAGUGUGUCAUUGCGGGCAAGAAAUUCAACUACAGCACCGUUAAGCAGGAUUGUCCCAAGGUGCUGUACGUUGCCCCUCUGGGCCAGGAAAAGCUGGCCAAGGCAAGUUUGCCCUCCGCCACGGCCUGGUUAAGUGGCAGCAUUACCUUGGCCAAAGAUGAGGUGGGUCGCAAGGUCGAUGUACAGGAGUUCGUCUAUGUAUUGAAUCCCCCCGACGGUGGCAAGAAAAACGGCGGAGGCAAUGGCAGUGCAUCGUCCGCAAAUUCUUCCAGUUCGAGCAGCAGCAGCUCUAAUGCGGCGGCAAGUUCAUCGAAAUCAAAGGCUGGCGCCACUGCGGGUCCCUCAUCGGCUACCCCCACAAAUGGAGGCAAUGGGGAUGGUGGUGCCUCAGCCUCCCCCAAGAAAUCGAAGUCAUCAACCGAUGAGUACGCCGAGAGUUUGCGUGAUUUCCAAUGUUCCAUGCUAAACAAAUUGGAUCUGGAGAAGGCUGAAAAAAUCUACGAGGACAUAAUUGCUGGACAUCCCAAACAUUUGGCUGCUCAUUUACUCCUCAUCCAGAACAUUGAAUCAUCAUCUGAGUUGAAGGCACAAUAUCCGUUUACAUUUGCCAAGUCAUUAAAUGCAACGAACAGCAAACACCAGCACACCCAGCACAGUCCUAGCAGUGAUGGCCAUAAUGCAGUGGCUUCAGGAUCAUCGGCAGCGGCUGGAGGACCAGAGGACUCAACAUCAUCAUCAUCUGGCUCAAGCACCACCACCACCACCACCACCGCCACUGAGGAUAAACAAAAGGAAGAUAAUCAAAAAUUGCGCAAUGCUCUCGAACGCAUUGUUUUGUUGGCGGACAAUGUCAUUAGGGAUACCGAUAAAGAUGCAUUGUUGGCAUACUAUGGCAUUAAAUGCGAUACUCGUCCUGAUGCCGCAAAGAUUAAAACUCAAAUGGAUAACCAAAAGAAAAAUCUCUUGGAAGCUUUGGGCAAAAAGGGCAUCGCUGUGGCAAAAUUAUGUGUUCUGGAUAACAAUGUUAAAGAUCGUUUGGAAGAUAUCGAUAAUAUAUACACUGAAAUUAUUAAAUUUGUGGAUGCCAGUGAUUCCAAGGUAAUACAAUUUUCUCUGUGGCAUGCCCAUGUCCAUGAGCAGUAUGGUCGCAUGUAUAAGUACUUGCAGAAACUUUGCGAUGAGAAGCGUAAUCGUGAAAACUUUGAAGAACUCUAUUUAAUUGCGGGAGCCCUAAAAUAUGACCACUUACAGACGGUGGUGCAGCGUUUGACUGUGUCAACUUUUCCGCAAACCUAUCGUUUGUUUUAGAUGAGAUGUCAUUGCCAAAGGAGAAGGAUGUGCAGGAGGAGAAGGAUGUGGAUGUGGAUGAGGAGGAAGAGCAGCAGUAGCAGUAGCAGUAGGGCAAGGAUACCAAGCAGGACAUACAUUUAGAUGGGAGUUUCAAAUCGGGGAAAUGCAAUAACGAUGAAUGUGCAUUGAGAAUAGCAGCCGCCAAGCAACCAACAUCCACCCACUCCAUCAUUGCCAUGCUGCUGGCUGUUCUUAUCAAAGCAAUGGCUUUGGGUCCUACAAUAAUAACAACAACAACAACAACAACAACCAUACCAACAGCUAUGGCGAAUACUGAAAAUCCUUGUUACAACUAAUUCUAUUUGCACAAAGGCUUGGUGGCUUGGCAACGUGAUCACCAUAAAACAGCUACCAAGCCAACUUAGCAACCAACCAACCAGGCAGUCAGGCAACUCACUGCAAUCGCCGCGACUAAAGUUGCACUAUAGCCCAUGCUCAACCCCUCAAUCCUUGUAGUUACGCAUACGCAAAUGUAUAAAUGAAUGGAUAGACAAACGAAGAGAGAACUAACGCAGUGCGAACAGGCGGACGGACACGGAUGCCAUGCUGCAAAAGACAACAUGGCGUUAAAACUAUUAAGAAUGUUGACUUCAUUCUUUAGUUUUAUUAAAACUUUUUGAAUAUCAAAUGAACUUCUUUCAUUCUAUCUACUUCCAUUACACCCAGCACCCCACCCCACCUUACCCCCCAAAACCCUUUGGCCUGGGUAUAGACCAACACGAAAAAAAGUAACAGAAGAGCAACAGCAACAGAACAUUGCAACAAUACCGGGGUUUCUGGAUUAUUUUUUUUUAACUUGUGAUAAUUUGUUGUUGUAUUUCUUCCUGUUGUUUAUCCUUUAGUUGAAAGGGUAUGGCAUUUUUUUCCCCUUCAUUUUCUACUUGGGAACAUUUUUUCAUCAACUCUUCGUUUCUUGACGUUUUUUUUUUUUCUUACUUUUUGGUGAGCAACUUAAAAGACAGUAAAUUUGUAGAAUAACAACAAAACCAAGAAAUGCCAUCUCACAAAGUAAUUAUAAAGAUUUGUAAAAAAACCAAACUUUUUCCUUUUUUUUGUUGUUUGUUUUUUGCAUAAAGUCAAGAAAAAAAUCUUAAAACAGUUUCAAAUUUCUUAUGAAAAACUGAAAACCCCUUUUGCAAUGUUCUUGAACUGCUUAACGAUUAUGGCGUCAACGUUAUUGUGUUUAAAUCUUUUUAAAUUUAAUUUGUAAUUUAUUGUAUUUUUCCCCCCCUCUUUCCCCCUCUCCCUCUCUCUCUCUCUCUCUCUGUCUGUUUUCACUUGAAUUAUAAUGUUUUUCGGGCAAAUAUUACAAAAUAAAAUUUGAAUUUUUUUAAAUAUUUAAUACACUCAA